UGAUCAGCUGUGUCCAAUCACAGCUGAUCCCAUGGCACUGAUUAUCUGUGUAGCCCCAGCAGUGCCACCUGUCAGUGUCCAUCAGUGCCAGCUCUCAGUGCUCAUCCAUGCCACCUGCCAGUGCCCAUCAGUGCCACAUCAAUGCCACAUAGUGCCUCCAGUGCACAUCAAUGUCACAUAUCAGUGCCCAUCUGAGCUGCCUUUCAGUGUCACCCAUCAGUGCCAGUCAGUGCCACCUAUCAAUGCCAGUCAGUGCCACCUAUCAGUGCUGCCAAUCAGUGCCACUUAUCAGUGCCAGUCAGUGCCACCUAUCAGU